CGUUGCGUUAGUAGUUGUGGUAGAAAGCGUUUGUUUACGUGUGCAUAUUGCAUGAUAAACAUAAAGUAACAAUAGUAUGAAGCGUUAGGUCACAUUUACUUUUGCAUUUGUUUCAUUUUAUUUAUCUACAAUAAAAGUACAUUGGCAUUUGUUUUCGAAUGGACAAGUGUGGGUGACGUUGUACCUACAUGUAUAUAGUGAAAGAAUUAAGAUGAUCAAAACACUUGGAAAUAAUGGAAUUAAACUUCUUCUUUUUCUUAUAAUUAUAUUGAUAUAUUUAUUUACAUAUAUAGUAAAAGAUGCGUGUAUGCAUGCAAAACUGUUUAAUAUAAAUGAUAUAAGGUCAAAAAUAUUCAAGUUGGAAUUUAAUCCCGUGUACAAUGAAAUUCAUUUAAAUAACGGGCUUCGUCGAACUUCUAAAACUAAACAUUCUCAGGAUACUGUAGCACAAUACUUCUCACGUAACGUCCGAGCUAAGAAAAUAAAUUGUCGGGCAAUUGUUCACAGAGAUAACAAUGCGUUACAAAAAGCUAAAAGAACAUCUCGACCGUCUUCAUCAUUUCUCACUGCAGAUAAUUAUGUCAAUAUGACAGAUAACUGUGAUAACUUCAUUGAUAAUAGAGGAUAUAUAACUGAUCAUUUAACUGAAGAGGAGAAAGAUUUUCCUAUCGCAUACAGUAUACUCAUGUACAAAAACGUGGAACAAUUUGAACGUCUUUUACGAGCGAUUUACAGACCACAGAACAUAUACUGUCUACAUGUCGAUUCCAAGUCCGCGACAGUGAUAUAUAAAGCCGUGUUGAGUAUUGCACGUUGCUUUGACAACGUGUUCUUAUUAGAUAAACGAAUCCGCGUUAGUUGGGGCAAAAUGUCUGUACUGACACCGGAACUUUUAUGCAUGAAAGAGCUCUGGGAAAGGAGCAAAACAUGGAAAUACUUUAUCAAUUUAACGGGACAGGAAUUUCCACUAAAAACAAACUAUGAAUUGGUGCAAAUUUUAAAAGCUUAUAACGGAUCUAAUGAUGUCGAAACUUCCGUGCAAAAGAGGUUUAUAGACAGAUGUAAAACAGCCGAUUUUCCACCACCGCACGGAGUUCACGUGCGUAAAGGUGCGCUUCAUAUUGCUGUGAAUAGGGGCUACGUGAACUAUAGUUUACAUGACGAAAGGGCACAUGAUAUAUUAGAAUGGACAAGAAAGGCGUGCUACAUUCCAGAUGAAAUAUAUUUUUCGACACUAAACCACAACGCUCAUCUAGGUGUGCCAGGAUCGUACGGAGGAAUUCCUGAAACGACCAGAUUACCUUUGAAAAGAAAGCCAUAUCUAGCCCGAUAUAAAAACAGAGUUAAAUCUAUUACACAUAGGUACCCGUGUCAUGGUAUAGUAGUUCGAGGAAUAUGUAUUUAUGGCAUUGGUGACCUUCCAAUUCUAGCUAGGCGCCAGGAGCUAUUCGCAAAUAAAUUUCAUUUAAAUUUAAGCCCUUUAGUAUUCGAGUGUUUAGAGGAACUGAUUUACAAUAGAACACGUGACGAAUAUUUAGGAAGAAAGAAAUUCGAUGCAACAUGGUAUUCGACAUUAGGUUUUGUGACAGAUAAGAUGUAACACCAGGACAACAAUCAUUUGUAUUGUCAUUAACAUUAAAAGACAAUAUUUGUGUUUAUAUGGAUUGUUUAAUUAGAUACACCGAGACGAGGCGUGGUUAACGACGGCGUUCUUGAAAUUGUGAGAUUUGUGUCAGGUUUUUUUUUGCUUGUGUGUCAUUUUUUCACUUUUUUUUAAAUAUAAGGAUUAUUUCUAGCAUUUGGUAUCCUCCCAUCUGGACUAUUUUGUCACUUAUCAGAGCCAAAAUGAACUAAUGCUUGUGUACGCAUAUUUGCUUUGUGGUUCUUUUUUUCUUCAAUUAACCUGUGGAAAGUAAUGUAUAGAUACAUGGAAGUUCAGAACUGUAAUAGGCAUUUUUUGCGUAUACUUUGUGUUGUAUUGUUUUUGAUGUUUGUUGUUUGUGACAAAUUUCUAGAGUAAAUACUUAAAUUGAAUAGAUUGAAUAUUGCAUCUUGUCAUUUUUUAUAUUAAUCUUACAUAGAUAUGUAUCAUCUUUGGUGUCAGUGGAUCUUUUAAAGCGUUAAUUCUAGACUACGUCGGCGAUCCGACAAAAACAACUAAGUUGUAUACUUUAUAUGGGACCACAUGUAGUUGUGCAGAACCGUACAUAAUAUUUUAAGAAUCGUACAGUGGCCGUUGCUAACAUUGUCAUAGUUGAUGUUACACCCGCAUCUACAAAAAAAUAGUUUAGACGAAUUAUUUUAAAUCUCAUGGUACCCAGUGACUUAGUGAAAUAUAACAACAUUUCACUCAUCACAAGAAAAAGUCUCGAUAGCCCGUAAAAUGAUGUUUGCAUAAAACAAUUGCAGUCACUGAAUAUUUUUGUUUGUUAAAAAUAUUGUGCAAUAAAGAUAGUUUGAAUAUUAACAAGGACUGCAAUAUUAAGUACUUUUUAAUUUAAUUUAAACAAGUGAUAAAACAUGUACCGCGAUAUUAGUCAUUUGUGCACUGUGAUCCACGUCGCAGCAGACAACCAGAAUUGUUUUACCAAGUACACAUCGAAUGUGUUUGCUGACGUUUGUUGUUGUUGUUGUUGUUGUUUAGAUUAACGAUUUUUGUCAGUGCGUUUAAUUACAUAAAACAAGCAACACUGUGAGGUUCACACUUUCAGAUUUGAUGCUGUGAACCAAUAAGGUGAAACAAAGAUAUAGGUAUUUUAUAUCUAAAUGUCUUUAUAUGAAUAUUUAUUUCUGGAUAAUUAUUUACUUAUAUUUAAAUAAUCAAAGUAUUGAUGAAUAAGGAGACGCUUAGCUUGUUAAUUCAACGGUAGAUUAGAUACAAAAACAAUCGAAAAGUGAUUUUUGUUGGUUCUAAUCAACAAUUACUAGUAUCCCAUUUUACAGUACAUUCGGACAGACGUUGUGUUGCAAAUUCUUAGGCAUAUCAAAGAAUUAUAGGUUGAAUGUCAUUACAUAAGUCAGUUACAAUAAGUGAUGAGAAUGUGGCAUAAUCAGAUAAUCGUCUUCAGAAUAUGAGUAAUUUCUAAGGUGGCCUGCAGCAAAAAUGUGAAGCAGUCGCAUAUAGAGAUAGCAUUUAAUUACUUAUGUUAAUGUGUAAAUAAUAAUUAUUAUCAUAAUAUAAUGAAAAACAAAAAAAACAAAAAACAAAC